AUGUGGGAAGACAAAUUUUUCGUUCUAAAUACGCUCAAUGCGGUAGCGACUCUAUUCUCUAUAAUAAUUCUAAUUUUGCUGGCUGGAUGGGCAUCACAUACGCAAAGGGACUAUGACUUUUUACAUCCAACCGACUUGCUUCUUACGACAGUUAUUGCCGUCAUAUCCGGAAUGUUCAGCACCGGUAACAUGGUUCCAGUAAUCAUGCGACGAUUGGGAUACUCAAAAUUAGUAUACAUGACGCAGCGUAUACUAGCCUGUUCGUGGUUUCUUGCCUUUAUGUCUAUGACACUGUUGGAGAACAAGAGUGGUACUUUGAACGAACAUCUGGAAUUGUCUGCCAAGGAUGCAGAUGUCGAAUCCGCCAAACUGGCCACUAAACUCGCUCGUGCCGUUAGAGUAUUUACGGUUUUUAAUGGAUGCAUAUACGUUGGUCUUUCAUACAUUGUUUACAAAAUAAGUGUGGGCAGAGGAUUAUCAAACAUAACCAAGCUUGAAAAGUUUAUUCGGAACAGUCACUACAUGAUUCGAAACAGUCAAUACUUUUUCCGAAACAGUCAAUCUACCUUUCGUCAGUCAAUGCUAGGACACAGCGAUACGUUUAAUAGUACAGCUAAAUCUCAGCCCACAGAAGUCGUCAUUCGUGUACCUGAUCGGGCAUAUACCAAAGAAUCGCAUGAAGACGAAAAACAUGUGUAUGCGUGUGCAUUGUAUGAUUAUAACGGCUCUGAUGAAGUUGACUUGAGAUUCAAAGAGGGAGAAAUUAUUAGAGUGACAAAGUACAGUCGGAAUCAAAAUGAGUGGUGGGAAGGAGAGAUAAACGGACAAUACGGAGAGUUUCCUGGUACAUACGUGAAAGUGGUCUCUUGA